ACAGCUGCUGAAGGCACAGCCCUCCUUACACCGGAUUACUAUUGAGAUGUGUCGCAAAUAACGUUCAGGAAGCUUUUUUGUCUAUGCUCUUACGCUUAAAAACCCUGCGAUGAGAUGGGUUGCGCGCUCUUUCCUUAAACUAAAACAUCACGACUAUACUGAAUUCAUCUUACAACGAAUUGUGUGAUCAGAGAUAAAAAAGCAGCCGCAUCCGUGGAUCUGACAGAUUGCCUGAUCUUCACUAAUGACUGAGGACAUAGGAGGAAGAAACCAGAUGAGACACAAUGCCUAGGUCUUUCUUGGUGAAGAGCAAAAAAGCACACAGCUACCACCAGCCACGAUCUCUGGAGGAUGACUACAGCAGACUUGAUACUAUUUUAACUCAUAUAUGUGCAGAAAGCAAAACUUCAGACGAGUCAGAGUGCUGUACGGAUGCCCUGACAAGCGACACGGCUGGCGCUUGUUCUCCGGACUCCCACCUGGUGGAUCAAGCGGAUCUUUCUUCAAAGUCUCCUCUCAGCUGUGAGGAAAGCGUGUGCGACCGCUCAUCAGAUUAUGAAGACUUUUGGCGACCUCCAUCACCAUCAGCAUCACCGGAGUCAGACAAGUCAUUUUCCCCCUCCGUUGAGGAAACACAGCCCUUCGCCGUCCCCUUCAGGCCUUACGCAUGGAACAGGUACUCUGGAUGUGAAAUCAGACAGCUGGUCCAGCAUACUCUCAACCAUCAGCACUCUCUGGAUCUCGAGCGGCCUACUCCUCCAGCUUUUUACAAUGACCGUGUGGUUGAGUCAUCUCUGUUCACUGAAAGAGGAUCUGGCGCUGGUAUUUACAACGGUUACGGUUCCACUGCCACCCUAUUCGAACGCGCUACUGCCUCUGGACUUUAUGAUGACAGCAGCAUACUGGGAAAAGGAACUGAGAUGAAAUCCAGCUCUGACGUGAUGUGUAGUCGACUCCUGCUAAAUGGCGCAUACAAAUGUAUCAAAUGCAGCAAGGUGUUUUCUACCCCACAUGGCUUGGAAGUUCACGUCCGGAGGUCGCAUAGUGGAACAAGACCUUUUGCUUGCGACAUCUGCGGGAAAACUUUCGGACACGGUGUCAGUCUGGAACAACACAGAGCUGUUCACUCACAGGAGAGAAGCUUUGAUUGUAAAAUAUGUGGGAAAAGUUUUAAAAGAUCAUCUACGUUGUCCACUCAUCUCCUCAUACACUCCGAUACACGGCCGUAUCCGUGCCAGUACUGCGGAAAGAGAUUUCACCAGAAGUCAGACAUGAAGAAACACACCUUCAUCCACACAGGGGAGAAGCCACACAAAUGUCAGGUGUGUGGGAAAGCUUUCAGUCAGAGCUCCAAUCUGAUAACACACAGUCGAAAACACACUGGAUUCAAACCGUUUGGAUGUGACCUCUGCGGCAAAGGAUUCCAGCGCAAGGUCGAUUUAAGAAGACACAAGGAAACACAACACGGACUGAAGUGAGGAAACAUGCGUACAUGAGUCCAGGACUUUAGCAAACACUAUUGGACAACCCGUCGGAACUUUAAUAGUCCUUUUAAUUUAUCAAGCUACAAAUGCUUGUUCAUAAAACAUUAAAUCAGUGUUUUAGAGUAGGCGACUAAUAGGGUUUACAUUAGUUGUAGAGCUGUUUAUGCUUUGUGAGAUUUGCCUACGAGUCAGCAGCAGGCCAGCAGGUCUGGCAGCUUUCAUGGUGAUGUUAUACAGGGUAUCACAGAGUAUCUUGAUUUAAAUCAAUAGCCCGCUUCAGAGACAUGCCAGGCAUCGUGUCUGAACCCAAAAUAUUAUCACCAAAAUAAUCAGGGACGAAAUAUAACCGCCGCGAGAAAGGACACUGUAUCACCCAAAAUAUCAGCUGAAGGAGAGAAAAAUCACCGCAUCUCAAAAGAAUGUCACUUUGUUUUCAACGCUGCAAAAGGAAUGCUGGCAAAACAAGCACUACAAUAGACUGCGAGAUUUCAUCAAUAAAAGAAUUGUGUACUAUAGCCCAACUUAGAUGAUUUGGCAACCCAUCGAAGCCUUUCCAUUCAUCCUUUUUUCCUUUUCUAUUAGGUUCGUUUUCUUUAGCGUAAAUAAACAAAUACAGGCUAUACAAACUCAAUUGUCUAUACCCUUUCAAAUAAAUUAAAUCGAUAAAUUAAAUUAAAUUUGUUUUAUAUCAUUUACACUAUUUAUUGGAAUAAAGAAUAUUACGAAGAGAUAUUUCUAGUGUGUAUUUUUUCUUUUUUUGUGUAACCAAAGUUUGUAUAUUGUUUCAUACAGAUUUUUAAAAUCUCUGUACGUAGUGCGCGAAACGAAUAACUUAUCCUGAGCUAAGCAUAGGCUUUUUCAUUUCGUGACUGUAAAUGAAAGCAUUUCAUUAUUUUAAGUAUUCAGUAUUUCAUUACUUGUUUUAAAUAAAAAUGAUUUAUUCAAAACAGCUGUGGGAAAUUCUAAAUGUGUUUCGCAUCUUAGGCUAUUUUCAAGAUAAGAACUAUUGGAAAGACCAAUAACUUAAUUCAUUUUAGUUAAUGGGAAAUCAAGAAUUAUUUUAUAUUUUAAAAGAAAGGGAAAAGAAAAAUAUGAAAAAAUAAAGAUGAUUGAUCAACUAUGUCUCAUGUCUUUAAAUACAAUAAAAUCUUAGUAGCCUACUAAUUUACAUAAAAAAUUCAUAAAAAGACCAAAAAUUAAAAGACCAAAACUUUUUUUUGAUUUGAAGCUCAGAGUAGCUAAUUUUUU